CGGCCACCAUCACAAUCACUUAAUUCAUAUGGACAUGGUUUACAUGAUGAUGUUCGGUCACCAAAUGGUUCAACUGGAACACCUGGACCAUUAUCACAACAACCUAGUUCACAACAAUCAACCGAUAAUAAUAGCGAAGCUGGAUCUUUUUUAGGUGAUGCUAGUAUUGGAUCGGGUGAUGGUACCGGUGAUGAUGAUGAUGAUGAUCGUAGUAAAAAACGACAAAAAAAACGUGGAAUUUUUCCAAAAGUUGCUACAAAUAUUAUGAGAGCUUGGCUAUUUCAGCAUCUAACGCAUCCCUAUCCAUCUGAAGAUCAAAAAAAGCAAUUAGCCCAAGAUACUGGUCUAACAAUAUUACAAGUUAAUAAUUGGUUUAUCAAUGCCAGAAGACGAAUAGUACAACCAAUGAUUGAUCAAUCAAAUAGAGCAGAUCUUGGUGGUUCAUUAGGAUCAGCCGGUUCAGCAUAUAGUCCUGAUCCAAAUAUGGGUUAUCUAAUGGAUAGUAGCCAACAAUUUCGUACACCUGAAAUUAUUCAUACAAAUAAUACGGAUACAGCAACAGCAACAGCUACAGCAGCAGCAUUAAUGGCCGGACAUAUGAUGGCCGGAUAUUCAUCAUAUCAAUCAUCAAACUAUUAAUCAAUUACCACAAUAAUAACCGGGCCAUACUGCAGCUGCAAUUUGGAUCAUCAUCAUCAUCAUUCAUCAACAUUCAUCGGGUAUUCUUCUUCUUCAUCAUCAUUUCACAAUCACAUCUCCCAUAUGAUAGUUCUGGUCAACAACUAAAACUAAAAACAACAACAACAACAAAAUAUUCAUGCUGAAACCAUUCUCAAUCACACACACAUUC